AUGUGUGAUAAGUGGUGGGGGAGGAGUAAUUUUGAUUGGGCUGUGAGGGAGUCAGAAGGCAGAUCGGGUGGAAUACUAUCGGUCUGGAACAAGGAUAAGUUUGUGGCAACUAGUAAAUGGAACGUGACGGGGGCUGUUAUUGUUAAUGGGAUUUGGCUACAAGGAGGCCUGCAUUGUUGUUUUGUUAAUGUGUAUGCGCCCAUGGGAACCACCGAAAAGGAAUCUUUGUGGGAUACAUUACAGCUCAUUGCUCUUCAAAACAAAGACUCUUGCCUGUGUUUUCUUGGCGACUUCAACGCAGUGCGUGAUCCGGGAGAAAGGGUGGGGAAAGGUGCUGUCUUUAAUCAAGCAGAUGCAAGGUCUUUUGACGCUUUUAUUCGGCAAAGUAAUCUGCUGGAAAUCAGAACACAGGGGAGAAAGUUUACGUGGUAUCAACCUGGUGGAGGAUGUAAGAGCAAACUAGACAGAUUUAUGGUCAACGAGAAAUGGAUGCAGGAAUGGCCGGACACAGUCGGAAGGGGGCUUCAGAGAUCAGUGUCGGAUCAUUAUCUUAAGGAUGAACUUCAGGAGCUGGACAUUUUUGAUGACACCUUUGGUCUUGAGGAGAGUGAGACAAGCAGGAGAAAUGAAUUACGAGCAAAGAUUUUCCUUAAAUCCAAAGAAAAAUGGCUUGAUGUUGGGGGCUGCUGGAUCGAGGAUCCAAAGACCAUUAAGGAGAACGUCAAAACGUUCUUCGAGAAUCACUUCAAGAAGACGCCGCGCGUCCUACCUAUGAUACCGGGAGAUUUCACUGCUCGGAAAGUUUCUGCAGCGAAUAAUGCGGAGCUGAUCAAAACUUUUUCAGAAUCAGAAAUUAAAGAGGCCAUUUGGAGUUGUGACGGUGACAAGAGCCCGGGACCGGAUGGCUUUAACCUCAAGUUCUGGAAAGCGUCAUGGGAGAUUAUCAAGAAAGAUUUUUUAAAGGUUUUGGCGAAUAGGAUGAAACAGGUCAUGGAUUCAGUUAUUUCGGAUAAUCAGAGCGCCUUCAUUGGCGGCCGUUACAUCCUUGAUGGGGUCGUGGUUCUAAAUGAAGCAAUCGCGGAGGCUACUAAGAAGAGAAAAGGGAGGAUUAUCUUCAAGGUGGAUUUUGCGAAAGCAUAUGACUCUGUCGAGUAA